GAAAACAAAAGGCCUGUUUAUACAUUUUGAUUAAAAAUAAAGUGGUGGCGUGGUAUUCGGAUAGCAUCAAACUUUCCUCUUGUAGAUCAAGAAGAAAUUCGUAUCGAUGGACAUAUUUGAGAGACAUUGUACGCCAUGGAUACGAAAUUUAAUCGAAGUGGGCAAUGUUACAACAAAUGAAAUAAACCAUGCCUUCAGUUUGAGAAAUUUACCGGGAAUUUUAUUUGUCUCAACCUUAAGCCUUCUUGGCAUUAGCGGAAAUUUUCUUGUGAUUUGGAUUUUCGGUCUAAAAUUCAAUCAGUCGUCUUAUCGAAUUUAUGUGCUAUGUCUCGCUGUGCUUGAUUUUAUAAAUUGCUUCAUGACAAUGCCUUUCGUACUCACUUAUCUAUUGUAUAUGGAAAAUUACCCCUCGGAAUUGUUAUGUAAGAUUGGUCAUUUGAUUGGAUUUUUCAUCGGAAUUGCCUCCCCUUUUACAUUAAUUUUAAUAGCCGCAGACCGAUACAGGAAUGUUUGUCGGCCGCUUAGUUUACAAUGGUCUGCAAGACGAGCAAAACUAAUGUGCUUAUUUAUAAACAUCGUAGCUCUAUUUAUUUCAUGGUACGUUCCCAUUGUUUAUGGCACUACCGAAAUGAAAUCGGUCAAUAGGAGCAUAGUACUGGUGCAAUGUUUUAAGGAAAAUGGAACACUUUCACAGACGAUUACUUGGUGGCAGUAUAUCAUUCUGACAGGACUAUUUACACUGGUUUCUGCGUUUCUCAUUGUAAUCUACUUAGUGAUAAUGAUAAAUGUACGCAGAAAAUCCAAACUCUUUACCAAAUAUAACCCUGAAGAACAUAUACAAGACGCUAAUAUAACAUUCACGAACAGAAUAAUUCAUACUAAGAAAGCAACAGUAACUUUCUUUAUCAUCUCCUCAGUUUACGUUUUAAGUUCCUUGGUCCAUCAUGUAUUAGCAUUAUUUCUUCAUGUUGUACAGAAUGUAGAAUGUAAAAUGUCAUACACCCAAAGUGUUCUUUUCUGGUCCUUCUUUUGGACAGUAUUUAUAAAUAACGUUGCAAAUCCUGUUAUAUAUGGCUUGUCUGACACCCGCUUUAAACAGUGUAUAAAAUCAAUGUUUUCAAAUUGAACUAGCACUGAUGAGUCUUA